AUGAGGGCGAAUGGUGACCCGCCAAAGGGUGGCGCCGAUCCGGGUGCCAACAACGACGAUGUGGACUUCAGCAAGAUCUCGAUCAAGGAGGCGCUCGAGCUGCUGGGUGUGGAGCAGCACGGUCUCACAGAGGAGGCCGCCGCCAAGCGCCUGAACGAGUACGGCCCCAACAAGCUGCCUGAGACGACCAUCAACCCCUUCAUCAGGUUUGUGGGCUACCUGAACAACCCCCUGAGCUGGGCCAUGGAGGUCGCGGCCCUGCUGGCCAUCAUUCUGCUGGACUACGCCGACUUUGCACUGAUCCUGGGCCUGCUGCUUUUGAAUGCCACGAUCUCCUUCGUCGAGGAGUCCAGCGCUGACAAGGCAAUCAAGGCGCUGGCAGGGGCCCUGGCGCCCAAGUGCAGGGUGCUGCGAGAUGGAAAGGCAAAAACUAUGGACGCUGUUGAGAUUGUACCAGGUGACAUUCUGGUCAUAAAGUUUGGUGACAUCGUCCCGGCAGACGUCAAGAUCCUGGGCGACGAGGCGGAUGAGGAGGAGAUUCCCAUGCAGAUUGACCAAGCCGCGCUGACGGGCGAGUCCCUGCCCGUGAAGAAGUUCACGGGAGAUGUGGCAUUCAGCGGCUCAACCUGCAAGGCCGGCGAGAGGCACUGCCUGGUCUACGCGACAGGCAUCAACACCUUUUUCGGCCGUGCGGCUGCGCUGAUCUCCGCUACCAAUAACGUGAUGACCAAGAUCGGUGCCAUCUGCCUCGUCACCAUUGGCGCGUGGAUCGUCAUCAUGCUGGGCGUCCAGUUUGGGCGCUACAAGCACACGUGCUCGCUCGGCGAUGGCGAGUGCCCGACCCUCACCAACUUGCUUGUGAUCAUCGUGGGUGGAAUUCCAAUCGCCAUGCCCACCGUGCUAUCCGUGACGCUUGCACUCGGCGCCAGCCAGCUGGCCAAAUCGGGCGCCAUCGUGGCGCGCAUGAGCGCAGUGGAGGAGAUGGCUGGCAUGGACAUCCUGUGCUCUGACAAGACCGGCACGCUGACCCUGAACAAGCUUAGUGUGGACCAUGCAGACCUCGCGCCCUUCAGUGGCUAUGACAAUUCCACCCUCCUCAAGUACGGCUGCCUGAGCAGCAACAUCGUGACGGAGGAGGCCAUUGACGUGGUGCUGUACAACAGCUACCCCGACGCCGCCAACGUCUGGAGUGGCUACAAGCUGCUCAAGUACGUACCCUUCAACCCUACCGACAAGUUCACAAUGGCCGUGCUUCAGGACAACGCCACUGGGGCCACCUUCAGGCUCAUGAAGGGCGCCCCUCAGGUGGUCGUCAGGCGUGCUCAUGAUGCUGCUGUGAUCACCAAGCAGGUGGAAGCCAAGAUCAUCAACUUCGCCAACCGCGGUUACAGGGCCCUGGGUGUCGGCUACGCCGCAGGCGAGGGAAGCGCGGACGCCGUCGGCACCAAGUGGGAGUUCUGUGGCCUCGUGCCCCUGUUUGACCCCCCGCGCCACGACACCGCUGAGACCAUCAAGAGGUGCAAGGAGAAGGGCAUCAGCGUCAAGAUGGUGACGGGCGACCAGCAGCUCAUCGGCGUUGAGACGGCGCGCCAGCUGGGCAUGGGCCUCAACAUCCACAAGAUUGAGAAGCUGCUGCACGCCAAGUCCGCCGGCGGCCUGGUGGACGGCGUGGCGUCCGUUGAUGAGCUGGUGGAGCAGGCCGAUGGGUUUGCCGAGGUGUUCCCCGAGCACAAGUAUGAGAUUGUCGACAUCCUGCAGAAGAGGAACCACAUGGUGGGCAUGACGGGCGACGGUGUCAACGACGCGCCGGCCCUGAAGAAGGCAGAUGUCGGCAUUGCUGUCCAUGGAGCAACCGACGCAGCUCGCGGCGCGGCUGACAUUGUGCUGACUGAGCCUGGCUUGAGCAUCAUUGUCGAUGCUGUCAUCGGGGCGCGCAAGAUCUUCCAGCGCAUGACCACGUACGCCAAGUACACCGUGGCGAUGACGUUCAGGAUCUGCUUCACGUUUGGGCUGCUGACGGUCCUGUACAACUGGUACUUCCCCACCAUCCUCAUCGUGCUGCUGGCCGUGUUCAACGACGGUGCGAUGAUUGCGCUCUCCAAGGACCGCGUGACGCCCAGCCCUGCUCCGAACAGCUGGCGGCUGCGCAACAUUUUCACCGUUGGCAUCGUGUACGGCCUGUACCUCACGCUCUCCUCCUGGGUGCUCUACCACGUGGCGGCAAAAGACACGUUUUUCCAGAACCGCAUUGGCCUCUUCAGCCUGAACGACACCUGGGAAGAGUUGCUCUAUCCAGGCCUAGCGAGCCCCGUCACCGUGAUUGAGCAGUGUGCUGCAGAGCAGCGGUACGUCAGGGGCGCGCAGCUCAGGUCUCUACUGUACAACCAGGUCUCUAUAUCAGGCCAGGCACUUGUGUUUGUGACGCGCUGCUCAGGCCACUCUUUCUUGGACCGAGCUGGCACGUUCACAUACCUGGCCUUCUUUGGGGCUCAGGUGGCGUCGUCCCUGAUCGCGGCGUUUGGCUUUGGCGGGUACCCUGCCCCACCUGGCGCCCUGGCCAACUGCAAGUUGUGCGCGCAGAGCAACGGCGCGAUGCCCCGCUUUUUCUCAAGCGGCGCUGUCCCUGUCGCGGGCACUGAGGCCACGUACACUGCAUCUGUCAUCGGGGCGGCCGAGUGGGUCGUCGUGGCGUGGAUCUGGUCACUGCUGUGGCACCUGGGCCUGGACCCCAUCAAGUGGUUCAUGGCCUGGGUCCUGAACGAGGAGGGUGUCCGCAGCCGCUCCUCGUACGCCAGCUGGCUUAGGCGCAGGGCCCGCGACCCCACCAAGACUGGUGAGGAGACCACCAUCCAGGUCGGUGGCGCGGCGGGCAACUACGCCAAUCCCCUGGGGCGCACGUCGCUCGUCAGCAGGCCGUCCCCCCAGAUGCUGGCCAGGGCGUCAAUCGUCAGGCCCAAUCCCAUCCGCCGCCUGUCUGCCUCGUCCCGUGCGAGCGGUGCCGCCGCUGCCGCCGCCGCGGCUGCUGCUGGAAUUCGCGGCGCCCGGGGCUCAUUGGAGGGCGCGCCGCGAAGCCCAACUGCACAGGGCAGCACGCGCCAGUCGGUGUGA